UCCAGCUUUUACCGCUUACCAAAAGCCACCAGCAGCAGGACCUCCGCCUCCUCCCUCCCUCCCUUCCUCCAUCCGCCCUCCUCCCCUAACUCCCUCCCUCCCCUGCCCCUCCGCGAUGAGAGACGGGCCAAGUCGGAGCGCGCCAGCCAGCAGCGAUCCCAGCCAGGGGCAGACACAUCGCUUUCAUGUCGCAGGGUGACUGCUAGCCCUGCGGAGGCUCCCCCGGCCGGGGCUGGGGCUUGGGCCGGGGCCGGGGAGGCAGCGGCAGCGGGCGGGCAGCUGCCGGGUGCCUGCCGGCCCCGCGGGAUGCUGGCGGCGGGGGAUGCGGAGCCGGCCGCGGACUAACAUGGGGGGCAGCCACUCCCACAGGGCGCCCGUCUUCGACGAGAACGAGGACGUUAACUUUGACCACUUUCAAAUAUUGCGGGCUAUUGGGAAAGGGAGUUUUGGAAAGGUGUGCAUUGUACAGAAGAGAGACACCAAGAAAAUGUAUGCCAUGAAAUAUAUGAAUAAACAGAAGUGCAUUGAGAGAGAUGAAGUUAGAAAUGUUUUUCGGGAGCUACAGAUAAUGCAAGGCCUGGAACAUCCCUUCCUAGUCAAUCUAUGGUAUUCCUUUCAAGAUGAAGAAGACAUGUUCAUGGUGGUUGACCUCUUGCUUGGAGGUGAUCUGCGUUACCAUUUGCAGCAGAACGUCCACUUUAAUGAAGGAACUAUUAAGCUGUACAUUUGUGAGCUGGCACUUUCGUUGGAUUAUUUGCAGAGAUACCACAUCAUUCACAGGGACAUCAAACCUGACAACAUACUACUGGAUGAGCAUGGACAUGUUCAUAUCACUGACUUUAACAUAGCAACCAUAGUGAAAGGCUCAGAAAAAGCAUCUUCUAUGGCUGGCACAAAACCCUAUAUGGCUCCAGAAGUGUUCCAGGCCUUUAUGGAUGGAGGUCCAGGAUACUCAUACCCAGUAGACUGGUGGUCGCUAGGAAUUACAGCAUAUGAAUUGCUGAGGGGUUGGAGACCCUAUGAAAUUCAUUCAGCCACCCCUAUUGAUGAGAUACUGAACAUGUUCAAGAUAGAAAGAGUUCACUACUCAUCUGCAUGGUGCAAGGGCAUGAUAGCACUACUGAAAAAGCUCCUCACUAAGGACCCGGAGUGCCGUCUUUCAAGCCUUGCAGACAUCCAAAGCUCUCCAUACCUAGCUGAUGUCAACUGGGAUGCUGUUCUAGAGAAAGCUGUGACCCCAGGCUUUGUUCCUAACAAAGGAAGACUGAACUGUGAUCCUACAUUUGAACUUGAAGAAAUGAUUUUAGAGUCCAAACCCCUCCAUAAAAAGAAAAAGCGACUUGCCAAAAACAAAGCCAAAGAUGGAGCUAAGGAAACCUGCCCACUGAACGUGCACCUGCAGCAGUGCUUGGAAACCGUUAGGAAAGAAUUCAUCAUAUUCAACAGAGAGAAAUUAAGAAGACAGCAGGAUCAAAGUGGACAGACUUCCAGCAUGGACAGCAGGGCAUCUCUUCAGAGCCAUGAGAAACUUCAAGAUGGACGUAACAACAAUUUACUGGGACACGGCUGCACAAGAGGUUGCAGCAGCUAGUGAGCUACAGCCCUGCACGCACUUCAAACUUCAACCCUGGCAAGGCGAGGAAAGGUCCUCUCUGUGCAUGCCUUCUUCUUCACCCCUGGGGUCCUGGGACACCUAACUAACUCCUCCAACAUCAGGAUCCUCAGCCAAGGACAAAGCCACAGAGCACACCGGCAGAGACUUCCCAUGUACAUCCCUGAUCUUAUUUUGACUCUGCCACUGGAAAAAUGACCAUCAGCAGUGAAAUACAGUUUUAUAAGUAAGAGUGACUUUCCUUUUCAAAAUCCUGGAAGUAAACUUGAAACAAUUCGUUAGGCAGCCUCUCAAAGAUUGCCAAGCUUCUGGCUGCUCUCAAGAGACAAUGUUCUAUGCGGGCCAGCUUUAUCUUGAAGGCUUUACGUUACCCUCUCUGUCUCCAUUAAUUAAAACGGAAUUUUGUGAAACUGCUGGACACAACUGUUUCCGAGCACCUGCUGUUGAGUUUGUAACAGAAGUGUAUAAUGUAAAUAUGUGAAUGUAGUGUCAAAUAGGCCAAACACUGAAUCAUUUCAUUCUGAUAACUGAAGCCCAUUGGAAAAUUUGCAGCGUGAAUGUAUUCGCAUUGUUCCUUAACAUCAUGCGUUCUGCUUUGUAGUAAAAGAUGUGACCCUGGCCAAGUCAAAGUUUUGCUAGUGACUUUAGUGGAUGCAGGAUCAGACAUGUUAGUAGUGUAUGUUAACCAUGACAAAGAAAGCCCUCCAUGUAACAAUAGGCUGACUGAGCCAGAGUUUAAAAGCAGCUUAGUAAGGAGAGAUAAAAACAUUAAGAAUUUGCUCAGAUCCAUAGUUAAGUGUUAUAAAAUGUGAAGAAGUUACAUGUGUCUCUGUUUUCAUGGAUCUAUUCUGGAUGAGAACCAUCCUGAAUAGAAAGAAACAUACUUUAUCCAAAAUGUGCUGACAUGAAAGCCUUUUUUUUUUUUCAAACAGCUCUCACAAUUACAUUUAUAGUGUUUUACAACCUGUGCUUUCCACAUUUUGAUAAUAAAUGCAUGCUUGUUCUGUCCUAAUGUGCUUUCAUUUUUAAGGGUUACCAUCCAUAAGCAAAUUUCAUUUCAAAUUUUUAAAACAAAUAAUUUAGGCUUUUGGAAGUGAAAAACAUUUUAUUUGUAAUACUCUAUUUUUACUGUAUUGUUUCCAUUCUAUCUUUUGCAAAACAAAGUUCUUUGUAACUGAAUCUAUUUUAAAAUUUGGUUUUACAUUAUAUGUAAUUUUUUGUCAAAAUUUUUCACAAAAUACAGAUUUUUAUUGCUCCAUGAAA